AUGAUGAAGACCUGCUUUCUAGCGCACAACGGAGCUCGUUCGGAAGGCGUGUUUCGCCUGGCACCGGACAAGGAAGAAUGCAACGCGAUAAAGGAUGAUAUUAAUGACGGGUCUUAUGAAGAUUGCUCCGAUGUCCACAUCAUGGCCUCGCUCAUCAAGGGUUGGUUUCGAGAGCUCCCGGCUAGUUUGUUCAACAUGCUUCCGGAGCAGCUGAUUGCUCGCACUUGCAAACUUGUGCCCGUCGUUGUGCUGCAAACACUGACACAGUUGCCACCACUGCAUCAAAGUGUUGUGUUGUGGCUACUAGACCUGCUGAAUGAAGUUGUGAAGCACGAGCAGGAGAACAAGAUGACCACUAAAAGCAUCGCAAUUGUCAUGGUACCUAAUCUACUGAGUGUCGAGAACGCCGACGCUGCCGUGGUGAUUGCAGUAUAUCGACAAGCUGCAGAUGCUACUACAAUGUAG